UGUUGUGGUGGGAUCUGGGUGGUCUCAGCGCCGCCGCCUGGCCCCAUCCCUUGCCAACAGCGCUCUGGCAGCUGCCUGACAGCCGGUGCCAAGGGAUUAAGGCUGGAAUGUGACCCCGGCGGCGCCGGGUGUUGUUUCCUCUCCCGACGCCAAGCUUGGCACCCGGCGUCACCCUCAAUGUGUCCCCCCCCCGUCGUCCCCCCCCCCUUUUCCUCGGGGACAGCCGGGGCUUCCCUGUGACCUGUCAGCGAGCGCCGGCUGUGAUGGAUGGGGGCGUGCGGGUGACGUCGGGGUGGCCACGCGCCAACAGCCGCAGGGCAGACGGGACACCCGAAGGUGCUGAGGAGCUGUUGAGGGGCCUCGAGGGUGCUCUUGGGGUGAAGAAGAAGAAACGGGGCCCCCGGAAGCAGAAGGAAAACAAACCUGGAAAACCACGGAAAAGGAAAAAGCUGGUGAGCGAGGAUGAGCUGGAGUCGGAGCGGGAGGAAUUCCAGCGGGAGGAAUACCGGGAGAAGUCGGAGAGCGGCGGGAGCGAGUCGGGGGGGGGCACCCGGAAGCGGCGCCGGAAGCACCGCGACAAGAAGGACAAGAAGACCAAGAGGAGGAAAAAGGCUGAUGAGGAGGGGGGGCAGAAGGUCAAGGCGGUGGAGCAGAAGUCCUCAGCUCAGCUGCUGGGGGCCUGGGGGCUGGAGGACGUGGACCACGUCUUCACGGAGGAGGACUAUCACACCCUCACCAACUACAAGGCCUUCAGCCAGUUCAUGAGGCCGCUGAUCGCCAAGAAGAACCCCAAGAUCCCCAUGUCCAAGAUGAUGACCAUCCUGGGGGCCAAGUGGAGGGAGUUCAGCGCCAACAACCCCUUCAAGGGCUCCGCUGCCGCCGUGGCCGCUGCAGCCGCCGCCGCCGCCGCCGCCGUGGCCGAGCAGGUCUCUGCGGCCGUGGCCAGCGUGGCCCCCGAGGCCCCCGCGCCCCCCCUGCGCAAGGCCAAGACCAAGGAGGGCAAAGGCCCCGGGCACAAGAAGCGCAGCCGCAGCCCGCGGGUGCCGGAGCUGAAGCGGAAGCUCAAGGGCCGGAAGAUGGCACCGCUCAAGAUCAAACUGGGGGUGCUGGGGGGCAAGCGCAAGAAGAGCAGCUCGAGCGAGGAGGCCGGCGAGGCCGAAGAGGACAGCGACGCCGAGAGCCCGGGGGGGCCCGGUGCCCCCCCCCGCCCCGACCCCUCCCCCCGCCUCAAGAAGCUCAAGCGGGGCCGCCCGGGCCGCAAGAAGAAGAAGGCAGGGCUCAGCCGGGAGCGCGGCCCCGUGGGGACGGGCACAGCGCCCGUGCAUGGCCCGGGCCCGGAGGACGAGGGCGAUGGCUACGAGACGGACCACCAGGACUACUGCGAGGUGUGCCAGCAGGGGGGGGAGAUCAUCCUCUGCGACACCUGCCCCCGUGCCUACCACCUCGUCUGCCUCGACCCCGAGCUCGACCGGGCCCCCGAGGGGAGAUGGAGCUGCCCCCACUGCGAGAAGGAGGGUGUGCAGUGGGAGGCGAAGGAGGAGGAGGAGGAGGAGGAGGAGGAGAGGAGGAAGGCGAGAAGGAGGAGGAGGACGACCACAUGGAGUACUGCCGCGUGUGCAAGGACGGCGGGGAGCUGCUCUGCUGCGACGCCUGCGUCUCCUCCUACCACAUCCACUGCCUGAACCCCCCCCUGCCAGAGGUGCCCAACGGAGAGUGGCUCUGCCCCCGGUG